GGUUUUGGUAUCAUUCAUCAUUUCACUCUUGUCGAUAAGUUGACAAAUGCAUCGUCUUGUUACUAGAAUAGCUUAGUAAACGGGUAUAGAAUAUUAAGUCCAUUGUUAAAACCGGCCAUGUGUUAUCUCAGUUGUGUAUAUAAUAAGCCUAGAUGGCGACUAGAAAUCGACUUGAACAGCAUCAAACAAGAUACAGAAACACAAAACUAAAAACACUUACGACAAGUUCAUUGAACAAACUACCUAAGUUAUCCAUUCAAAAUGCGAUCUCACGAACACCGUCUUAUUGGGGCAGCCAAGAACAUCCCCGUCAACCCUCAAACUCCUGUCUUUUCGUUCAGUCCUAUUGUUCUACCCUUCUCAGACCGACCCCUUGACUUGGACUUGAAAGUCACAGCCCCUGCAACUGGCAAUGCUCUUCCCAUAAUCCUGCUCUCUCACGGCCAAGGCCGAAGCAACCAUCUUAACUCCCUGGAGGGCUAUACCCCUCUUGCUGAAUUCUGGGCUGCGCACGGGUUUGUAGUGAUUCAGCCUACGCACUUAUCCUCUCUAUCAAUCACGGUUGAAGCACCCCCUAAAGGCGACGAGUACUAUUGGAAAGACCGUGCUCAGGACCUAGUCAGGAUUCUCGACGAAAUUGACACCAUUGAGGCUGCUGUCCCUGGAUUGAAGGGGCGGUUGGAUAAGACCAAGGUUGCCGUGGCGGGACACUCCCUUGGGGCGUGGACAGCAAGUCUGGUCUUGGGUGCCAAGAACGUGGACUCACGCGACGGGACCCCCUUUGAGAAGUUCGAGAAACGCAUCAAGGCCGGGGUGAUACUUACCGGCACUGGAAAAGGGGGCGAGGACCUUUCAGAUAAUGGGCGUCUCCUAAUUCCCUUCUAUGGGCCUGACUUCAGUGAGAUGAAGACGCCAGCUCUUGUUGUAUGUGGAGACCAAGACGUGAGCCCCCAUCUGACUAUUCGCGGCACCGAUUGGCAUGCAGACAGCUAUUACCUUUCACCAGGUCCCAAAGACCUGUUGUGGAUCAAGGGGGGGAAGCAUGGGCUUGGUGGUGUGAGUGGUUGGGACACAGCGGAGACACAGGACGAGAGUCCCGAACUCCUGGGGGCAGUUCAGCGGUUGACAUUGGCGUAUCUGAGAAGUGCGCUUUACGGGGAUAACUCUUGGGAUAAGGCUCGUGAUGCCUUGAAGCAGCUUAGUGAGCUGGGAACAGUUGAGAGCAAAUGA